AUGUCUAUCCUCUCUGCCAUCUCUAAAAUCGGAUUCCAAAAGUCAUCAUCCUCAUCCAACAACUUUUUCAAUGCUGGUCAAGGUUCAAUGACCGGUCAAGGUUUCAACAAGAUUGCCUUGUCUACUACUAUCUCUGCCAAUCACAGUAGCACCAUAAAUGUACCAAAUACCUCUGUCCAAGCAACAACCCAAGCCAACGCUGUCGUUGAUGCCUAA